CAGUGUGCUAUAUAGCACCAGAGGUAGUGACACACGUAGCUCUGUUCGGUUAGCUAUACGCUUAGAAAAACUACACUUAGACUGUUAAGUAAGUGGCAAAAGAGUGCGGCUGGCAGAGCUGUAUUCGACUCAACUCGAGAGUCUCCAUUGUCUCGCAAGAUGGAGAUGAGAGAGGCAGUGUUACCAAGACCUGUGUGAGAGGAGGCAAUAGUUUAGACAUUCAGGUUGACCCAGAAGACAUGAGCAACUCCUCCCUCGCCAUGGCUGACAAUACAAAUGAAUUAUUGAUACAGUGUGUGAGGGCGGGUGACGACGUGAGGUUGAAGGCUUUAUUGGACGCUGGGGUGGACGUAAAGGGGGUCACACUGCCAGAGGACGACCCAGAAACUGCUGGCUACACGCUGCUAGGUCUGGCGGCCAUGUGUGGGCACCAUCACCUUAUCGUCCCUCUAUUAACUGCCGGCGUGCUUGUUAAUGACCCUGGUGGCAGUACCCGCAGCCCACUACACCUCGCUACGCUAUACGGACACGAAAAUUGUGCAGAAGCCUUACUGGAGGCCUCAGCUGAUAUAGAAGCCGCUAGUGAAAAAGACUGCGGUGAGAGGCCGCUACACUUUGCCUGCCGGACAGAUAAUUUAGCCUUGAUUCGGUUACUCCUGGCCCGAGGUGCUGAUAUCCACUCCACUGACGAGGAAGGAGGCUUUGGGGCACUACACUUCGCGGCUUACUAUGACCAGCCAGAGAUAGCCAAGUUACUGAUCGAUAAAGGGGUUGACAUCGAAGCCUCAUCCUUGGAGAAAUGGCGACCCAUCCACCGUGCUGCUUUACGCGACAACACUCGUGUCAUCGAGGUCCUACUUGAUGCUGGAGCGGACAUCAACGCCCCAGGUUCCUUCGGUAACAGAGCCGUACACUUCGCAGCUACCCGAGGCCAAAUAGCAACAUUGAAAAUCUUGGCGGAGCGAAACUGUGACCUCUGCGGUCUGGAGAAUUUGGGCGGCAACGCGGUCAUGAGUGCGGCGAGUGGUGGUCGCCUCCAGACAGUCCAGUGGUUGGUGCAGCAGAACGUACCGCACUUGCAUAGGAACAACGCCAACCGCACUCCUGAAGCCGUAGCCAGAAUGUACGGUUAUCAUCACGUCGCCUGGUGGCUACAUAAGCUAGAUGGGGAUGACACGUACACUGAACACACAGACAUUGCAGUGUGUCUUGAGGAGUAUGAACGUAUAGGUAACAUCACACUGAGGUGGGCCAAGGUGGGUCUCUUCUCUAGCAUAAGACUGAACCUUCCUGCCAGACCUUACCGCGUCCAUUACCAAGAUGAGAACGGCUGGACCCCCCUUCAUCACGCCUCUUACAAUAACAUGAAAGAGGCAGUACUGGCAUUGUUGUGGGUGGGUGCCUAUCCUCUGUCCUUGACCAUGGCAAAAGAGACCCCACGUGACCUGGCACUCUCUCAGGGUCACCCACAGAUCGCCAAGUUACUAGAGGUCACCAUCCCGGAGCUGUCGAGGAAGCAGCGGGUUUACCUGUACGGCCGCCUCCUACACAAGAUCAGCUGCGCGGAGUUACAGACGCUACACGAGGCGGGCGAGUUGGUGGAACAGGGUCGCCGCGUCACCCUGGUCAAGGAAGUAGGGGAACUUCUCCAAUCUGGAGCGCCCCUGGAGCCUGUAGGAGGACACACCGUUCAUGCCUUACACUUGGCCAUCACUACUAACUGCACGGACUUGCUGCCUCUGCUGUUGAGUGUCAGGGUGCCCCUCACUGCCACCACAGGAGGCAUGAACGUUAUCCAGUUGGCUUGGAUCUCUCCUGAUGUCACAACACAGAUUGGCGUCAUCGUCACCAGGGCUUUCAUACAGAAAAUGCAGCAAGAACUAACUCUGGUGGGGGAGGAGUACCAGGACCUGAGGGCGGGGAUGGAACAAAUGGUGGAACAACUACAGGACGAGGAACCUUGGCGAGCAGCUUGGCAGGGCACUGAGAAGACCACUGAAGUUCUCACCAACCUCCUCUCCCAGGCUUGCCAUCACGGUGCCUCCCUCACUGCCUCCUUCAUCCAGUGGGAAGGAGGAUCUGCCACAUCCCAGGCUGGCAUUGGUCGUACUGCACUCCACGUUGCCCUGGAUGCUGGCCACUUAACCACCGCAGUUUGUCUUGUUCGGAACCUGGGCGGGAACCUGUUCUUGGGUGAUAGUGAAGGUCGCCUGCCCCUACACAUGUGUCCUCAGUCCACCAGGGUGUUACUACUGGAGGAUGCUGUGAGCCACGAUUACCGCGCUCUGGACUUCGUCUUGGGGAAAGCUCGCACCACCGUAGAGAAGAAGAAUACAGCUCUGAUCAUGUUGCUUCUGGCUACCCUAUAUACAGAAGCCAACUUGUCCUCUGAGGAAGCCAUUUCCCAAAAGGUCAAGUUGUCCUCCGGUGCGCCACAAGAGAGAAGAGAUCCUUGCCCAUCAGAGAGCUGGAAGGAAGUCUUUCUCCAGCUGGCUGCGAUCCUACACCAGGUUGAGGAGAGUGAGUUCCUUGACAAUGGAUGGCUGAAGUACCUGUCGUCGUGUAUAACUGAGUCAAGCGGCGAACAAGAUGGAGUUGCCGAGGGCGAGAGCGAAGGUGCAGUAGGUGAUGAGGGCCACACAUUACCUGAUAUUGAGGAGGAACUUUUCUUCAGUCUCAUUGAAGAUCUCAAUACGAGAGGCAAAGUAGAAUCCAAGAACCGCAAACGAGAUGCUCAGGAGGAGGACCUUUUGAACACAACACUGCACAGAACACUCCGGCUGUGUUGCGAGUCUGGCCUUCCACUCCUCACCCACCUGGUGCUGACAGUCGGCGGUGUGAAUGUGGAUGAAGUCGUGGAUGCUGUGAGUGGGUCCACCUCCUUACACAUUGUCGCUUCUCACGGUCGUCUCGGUCUGCUCGAUUACUUGCUGAGUCGCAGGGCGUCCACCUCCGUCGUGAAUGGGGCGGGUCACACCCCGGCUCACCUGGCCUACAUGUUCGGUCACACUGCUGUUGGGGAUCGCCUGUGUGAGGGGCUGGAGGAAGCACGUGAUAGAGCCGGAAAAUGUCCCAAGGAUUUAUUGGCAGGAUUUAAGAAGUAUAUGGAGAUUUACAUCCUGGAUAAGAAGAUUAGAGUCAAGGCUCAUGAGUUAAAUGAUCCCCUCGCCCUCACACGAGCGCACCUGGAACAGUUCAAGUGGAAAUGGCGAGCCAACUUCAAGAAAGCUGUAAAAAAACUUCAUGUAGACUUCACAAGAGGCGAGGCGAAAGUGGUUCAAGAAACAUUAGCAGUAGAACUACGGAGAUUACUUCAAGACUUGGCCAAGCUGAACCCUCUCUUAGAUGGUGACCUGCAGAUCUUGGGCAGCAGCGCAGACAACCUUCGCCUCUAUGCACCUGAUGAAUUUGACUGUAAUGUGGUGCUGAAGACUGUCACGGGUUUUCCAGGAGGCGGCCUGAACGUUGAGUUGAAACCCCUUGACAAGAAGCUGGCCAGUAUGAAGGGUUACACCACUUACUUCAGUGUAACACCAGUGGAUGAUGGCGACCAGAAAAAAUUUGAUGAUCUGAAGGAAUUUGUUGAAGGUCCCAACUUCGUGAACACAUUCUCCGAAGCUCUCUUCCAGUGCCUACAGAACUUCAAGCUGUCAGAUCCUCGUCUGAACUUCGUGCCUCCAGGAGCAAGAAAGACACAAGUUGGUACUAAUGUUUCUUUUGUGUGGGAGGGCACUGAGUACCCCAUGUUGCUCAUCGAUGUGGACAUGGUUCCUAUUUUGAAGAUCCCUUGGCCGAAAGACCAAGAUAGACCACCUCUCACCCCAGCCGACGUGGACACCCUGUACCUCAGCAACACAGGAGACGGUGAUUGGCGAUUUUCAUUCUCUGCCAUAGAAAACAAGAUCUUCAGCGCCCUCACCGACGACCAGCGUCUGGUCUUCCUCUCGUGUAAACUAAUGAUUGUGUCCCUGAAGGUGGAGAGCUGGGCACCCCGUGACAGGAAGGAGCUCUUCACCUACUGGUAUGGCCGCAGGUUCAAGCUUCCCGCUCCCGCUGGUUUCAUCCUCAAGAACACCUUCAUGAUGGAACUGGAGGAAGUGAAGGAUGCCGCCCUGUGGGAUCCAUCACACCUUCACGAGAGGAUGCGCUCCAUCUUUUGCAGGAUGUGUAAGACGGACACCAACGAGAAGACGGGUGAAAAUAGGUACUUCCACGGUAAGGUCAGGGCGUACUUCGGAGGUAAUGCCGAGAAGCCAUCCGUCGGUCUAGGCGCCCCCGAGAUCCUUCGAGCACUGGAGCUCUGGGAGUCCAAAUCAGAGGGGAAGAUGAACACGGAGCCAAGUGCCCCAGAGAUCCAGUUAGCUACAAAAUGAACAUAAAUUACAGUACCAUAAAUUAGCACAUUAUUCAGCACUCGAACUCUUUAUACCACAAAUGAACAAGUUAAAGUAUUGUACAAAUAAUGGACAUAGUAAGACACAGAUAAGUUACUAUUGCACAAAUUGUACAGUAGUUUUAGCUGUAUUAAAGAACUUAGUAUUAAUUGCUACAGACAUACAGAAUUCACAUUGAAUCAAGCGUAAACAAGAGAUUUUUAGGUGACGUAACCUUGUUAACCACGUCUGAGGAUGAUUUAACCCUUUGAGGAUGAUGACUUAACCCUUCGAGGAUGAUGACUUAACCUUUUGAGGAUGAUGAUUUAACCCUUUGAGGAUGAGGACUUAUUUUAAGAUGAUUUAAGCUUGCAAGUAUAACGAUUUAAUUUUGGAAGGAUGAUUGUAGUCUUUGAAGAUAUAAACAGUUCAGUACCUAAAUAUUAAUAAGUUUUAAAAUUAUAUUAUUCUGUUUACAUAAUCCAACGAUUGUUUGCUCAUGUACCAUAAGUUUUUAACAGAAUGGGGUUGGUAUUGUACUCCGGAAUUAAUAAAUUUUAGAUAACACAAA